AUGCAAAACCUCCACAGUGUGCUAUUCCAUGCCCCACUGGAUAGGCUCGCCAAAGGAAUCGUUCAAUUCGACAUCGACCAACUAGCCCUGAAAGCCCUCCUAGUCUCCUACAGUGACGGACGCUGGGCAUUGAUGUUCCGUGAUGACAUGGAGCGCGAUGAGACAGCCCUUUUUUCUGCAAUCCACCAAGCCAUCGGUGAUCCCUCAAUUCCAGUUGAGAUCAUCACUACUGGUAAAUGGGAACUUACAGCUCUAGUCGCUGAUACUUUUCAUUCAGGCCGUGUUUUCUUAGCUGGUGAUGCGGUGCACACGCUUCCUCCUAAUAGUGGUGGAUACGGUGCGAAUACUGGUAUUCACGAUGUGCAUAAUCUUGCUUGGAAACUUGCUGCUGUGUUAAAUGGACGGGCUUCUCCGGGGCUUUUGGAUACUUAUGAUGCUGAGCGGAGGCCUGUUGCUUUACUGCGUCAUGACCAGAUCUUUGUUCGUGUUGAUUAUAAGGUUCAUCUUGGUACUAAUGCUGUUGCUGGUGAGAAGAUUGAUGAUAAUGCUAUGGAGUUUGGACAGAUUUAUAUAUCGAGGGGGUUUGUCGAUGUUAAUGGGGAUCUUUCUCUGCGAAGAAACCCGAUGAGUGGGCUGGUCAGCCUGGGACACAUUUGCCGCAUUUCUUGA